AAAAAAAGUAUACGUAUAUAUAAUAUAUAUAUAUACAUAUAUAUAUAUAACAAAAUAAUGAAAUUCAAUCUUCAAUGGCUUUUAAUUUUUAUUGGACAAUAAAUCAAGAAAAAAAAUACGACAGUUGCAAAAAAGUUGUGUCAACAUAAAUUUUUAUCCAUCUUGACCAUUGUUUGGUUAAUUAACAAUUGCAAUCGAUUCUUAUUCAUUUAAUUUGAAUAUCAAUUAACUGACAGGUCGAUUUUGACGAUGGAGAGAAAUUUUAAAGAGGAAUCCUCGGAGGAAUCCCUUUGAAUGUGAAUGAGAGUUGGUGUAGUGAAGUGGAAUCUUUCAAGUUCAUUCUCGCGAUUAUUAUCAUCAGAAUCAUCAUCAUCAUUAUCAUCCUCCUCCUCGUGGUAUAAAAGAAAAUUGGAUAAAUUCUGGAGAGCACAAACAAUUCGCGAAUCCUGAAAGACUCAUCUUUAAUUUCCGGUGAUGUUGAAAUUUUGUGAGUUAUUGAAGAUGAUAUUUAUCAAGGUGAUUUUCGUUUGAGAGUUAAAGAAAAAUCUCAACUUGACCUAGGACAAGUGGAUGACCUUGACAUUUGUCGUUGGAUGGAUAAUUAAUUUCCGAGUUAUUACUCGCUAUUUCGAAUACAUAUACACAAGUUCGGCUCAACAGGAAAACCAUUUACAACUCGACCAUCUUAACAUAAACAACCAUAUUUAAAGAAAUGUUGGUAAGGAAAUUAGCGUACCUCACGUUAUUUUUAUUAUUUGAUAAUAAAGUAAAAUGUGAAACUGGCGAUGAUGUUGAGGUUACAACUACAACAGAUGAUGGAGAUUCUGACCCAUAUACGGAAUUGUACAUAGAUAAUAGAAUUGAUGAAAUUCCCACAUACGUUCCGCCGGCGGAAAAAUUGAUAAAAAGUCUCGUCACAGGAUUGGGAAUUUUAACAGGAAAAAAUGGCGGUGAUUCUAAUAGAAGAAGUGGAAUGGACAACCUAUUCAGUGAAAUAACAAGACCGUUUACAAGUAUUUUUAAUCGUAAUAAAAAAAGCGAGGAAAGAUCAGUGAGAAGUACUGGAUUCGGAGAUAUUCUUAAUUUAAUAACAGAUCAUUUUCACGCCAUUUAUCCGGGUACUUUAUGGUGUGGUGCAGGUCAUUCAGCAUCAAGUCCUGAAGAAGUUGGUUUCUUUAAAGUCACUGACGCUUGUUGUAGGAGUCACGAUAAUUGUCGUUAUUCCCUACGAGCGGGAAGAUCAGAAAAGGGUCUUCGUAACGAUGGUGUAUUCACCAGAUCCCAUUGCAUUUGUGACGAAGAAUUUUACGAUUGUUUAAAAAAAGCUCAUUCUGUGAUAGCCACAAAAAUUGGAAUAACUUAUUUCAAUAUUUUGAGACCUCAAUGUUUCAAGGAGGAAUAUCCUGCAACUUGCCUUAAAUAUGGACAUUUACGAAUUGCAAGAAGCAAAUGUAAAGAAUAUGAAAUCGACACUUCACAAAAUAUGACCAUGCAAUGGUUUGACAAUCCAGAUUUUUUGUGAGAAAAAAACUGGAGCGCUUUAAUUCCUCUGACAAAUUGUGCUAAAUUGAAUUUACAUUAUAAAUGAUAAUUACUGUUAUUAUACAAAUUAAAAUAAGUAUCUAUAAAUAUCAAUAAAUUUAAAUAAAUUAUGAAAUAUAAACUACUUUUUUCAAACGAAUAAUUU